UCAUGGACAAAACCAACCAAAAAUUGCAUGGGCAAAGCGCCCAUUCGCUGCAACCCUCUGUGUGUGGGCUCAUGGGCCCCAUAACUCCAUCAUUUGGCCCUCCCACUAAUAUGAAGAGUCACCGCUAGCUGUUACAAUUUGCGCUUCGUUCUGGGUCUUUAGUUUCUGUGUUUCUGCCCAAUUUUCCAUAUUCUUCUCCUCUCUCUUCUUCCAUGAUCACUGACAAGAAAGUUGCAAAUGCCAUGGGAGGCAAGACUGCAAGGGCCUGCGAUAACUGCCUGCACAAGCGGGCUCGUUGGUACUGUGGCGCUGAUGAUGCUUUCCUAUGCCAAGCAUGCGAUGCAUCAGUGCAUUCGGCAAACCAAUUAGCCGAAAGGCAUGAAAGGGUUCGGCUCCAGGCCGCGUCUUGUAAGAACGCUGACUCAAUGCGUGAUAAUUCUACUCCCGCCUGGCACCAGGGGUUCACUCGCAAGGCCAGAAGCCCACGCAAUGUGAAGCGCACCUCGGUGCAACCAUCUAAACAUGAGAACAAGUUUCCAACUCCUCCCCCACUUGUUCCGGAGAUUGGGAGUGAAGAAGCAUCGCCUGAUGAGAAUGAAGAGCAGUUCCUUUUUCGGGUUCCAACCUUUGAUCCCUUCGUUGCGGAACUCAACAAUGACGGGAUACGUGAAAUCGGCAUGGAAAAUGAUUCAAAGCCUUUAUCGGAUUACGGACAUGAAGAAAUAGGUGACUUGGAUUCUCUAACUGGGUUUCUGCCCUCAGAAAUGGAUCUUGCAGAGUUUGCUGCUGAUGUUGAGAGCUAUCUAGGAGCAGGCCUGGAUGAGGACUCGUGCGGAAUCAAAGGAAUAGGUGUCUUGGAUUGUGAGCAAGGUGACAUGGAUGCUUGUUUUGGAGACCAAAAGGUGAAAGUUAAAGAGGAACGAGUGGAAACUGAUGCAACCUUCCAUCUGGACCCGGAAUUGGACAUGACAAAAGAAUUGUUAGCAUGGAACUUAGAUUAUGAGUCAACUGUAAUGGACGAGGAGGAACAUGAGGAGAAGAUGGUGGCUGCAGUGGAGAUGAGGAGAAAGAUAUCUUUGAGUCUUAAUUACGAGGAUGUCAUCACUGCCUGGGCCAGCCAAGGCUCUCCAUGGACAACAGGAAAUCGUCCAGAAUUCGAUCCCAACGACUACUGGCCAGACUACAUGGGUGCUUGUCCUACAAAUGUUCAUGGGCCGUGUGGAGAUGUGGGAGGAGUGGGAGGAAAUUUUGGAGGCAGGGAUGGGGGUAGAGAAGCAAGAGUGUUGAGGUACCGAGAGAAGCGAAGGACUAGGCUGUUUUCCAAGAAGAUAAGGUACGAGGUUAGGAAAUUGAAUGCGGAGAAAAGGCCUAGAAUGAAAGGAAGGUUUGUGAAGAGGGCAUCCUUUGCUGCAGGACCUUGUUUUCCUAUCUUGAAUGUUAAAUAACCGUCAACUGCCAAGUUUGCUUAUUUGCUAGCAAAAUUGGUAUGUUUUGGUUGGACUUCUGAUGGCUAUAUAUAUAUUGUACAAUAAGUUGAAGUGAGUUUAGCUUCUUAAGCACCUUCAACCUUGUACCUAGCUAGCUACAACCCUCUCUUUUCUUCUUAGACAUCAUUCAAUUUUGUAAAGUUCUUUGUUUUUUUUAUGGAACAACAAUCUUCAUAAAUGGGUUGAGAUUGUGAUCAA